AUGCCGAAGCUUACGGAAGUUCUGCAACGGACGGAGGAGCACAGUCAAGCGGCUCAAGAAGUUCUGGACAAGGCACAUGCAGCGAUAACGACAUUGCUGAAUCUUCAAGUGGAAGCAGAAGGGUUCAAUGGAAACGAAACUUCGACAUCAGCAGACACUUCGAGUAGCAUGUAUCCUCUUGUGAUCGCUCACUUGAAGGAGAAGUAUGGAGAUACCCAAGCUCUGAUAGAUCGACUUCUCAGCAAACUUCAGUCCACAAAAGCACGAAGUGAUCGCCUCGAUGACCAAGGAUGGUUAUGCGAGCAACUUCAGUCAAUCAUCUCCCAACUGGAGCUUAAAGGAGAGCACACCAAUAACACGUUUUUGCAGAAGCAGCUUCUGGCGAAAUUCGCAGUGGACAUUCAAAGACAAGUUCUACGUCAGAAAGCGACACUGGAAGCAGAAGGGCGCUGGAAUACCAUGAACCUUCUCAAAUCUGCGAAGAAUUACAUUGCAGCGGAGCUCAAAAUCAUCAGUCAAACGGAGCAUCGUACACAACUUGAAAACGGGAAACUGAGAAGUACGGAUGUACGCGACAAAAGGAGCUUCAAAGAAGCUGCGAAGUUCCAACCACGGCCGUGUUUCUACUGCAGAAAACCUGGACAUCAAGCAAGAAAGCAAUGA